AACUAAAUUGGGCCGGGCCGCCCAGGGAAAAAAAAAAAAGAAAAUCAAUCGAAGAGCAUCAUCCUAACGGAAGUCCCGAGAGCCAUCACUUCCCGGAACCAGCCAGCGGCCAUCUCCAGCACAGGCGACGGCUGAACUGAAACCAGAGACGCAACUGAAGCUAACCCAAAGAAGGAUCAAGCAAAGCUAUUGAACAGGGCAAGCAAAGAAUGGUCUUUCGAUCGAUAUUUGACGCUCCAGAAAUCAGAAGCGAGUUUGAGAAAGCAGGGGUCAGCCUUCAAUUCAUCCCAGUGAUUUGGAAGCAUGUGGUUAAGAACCCUACCUGUGAAUGGGAUGAUAUACCAAGCCUGCCGUCUGCUGCAUACUCAGUUCUCCGCUCAAAGUUCAGACCUUUAACUUCUAUUGUUGACUCUGUUAUCGAUUCAAGUGAUGGGGUCACUACCAAACUCCUCAUUAAGCUUCAGAAUGGAGCAUUUGUGGAGGCAGUUGUUAUGAGGUAUGACAGUCGUUUGGGGAGGUAUGAUGGCAAAACUCGUCCCGGUGGCCCAAGGUCAACACUCUGUAUUUCUUCCCAGGUUGGUUGUAAAAUGGGUUGCAAGUUCUGUGCAACUGGAAGUAUGGGAUUCAAAAGCAACCUAUCAUGUGGAGAAAUUGUUGAACAAUUAGUUCAUGCUUCUCGCUUGUCAGAUAUACGUAAUAUUGUCUUCAUGGGGAUGGGUGAACCAUUGAACAACUAUACCAUGUUGGUAGAAGCUGUUCGUGUUAUGUUAGCACCUCCAUUUCAGAUCUCACCAAAGAAAAUGACUGUAUCCACGGUUGGGAUAAUCCAUGCUAUCAACAAGUUGCACAAGGAUUUGCCUGGUUUGAACUUGGCAGUAUCGCUCCAUGCACCUGUUCAGGAAAUCCGCUGUCAAAUAAUGCCAGCAGCUCGUGCUUUUCCAUUGGAAAAACUUAUGGCAUCUUUGCAAGCAUAUCAAAAAGAAAGUCAGCAGAAAAUACUGAUCGAGUACAUAAUGCUUAAUGGCGUAAAUGACGAAGAGCAGCAUGCUCAUGAGCUGGCCAAAUUGUUGGAGACUUUUGAAGUGGUUAUAAACUUGAUACCUUUCAACCCAAUUGGAAGUUCUAGUCAAUUCAGAACCAGCAGUGAGGAGAAGGUUUCGAAGUUCCAGAAAAUCUUGAGAGGCGUCCAUGGCAUCAGGACAACAGUACGGAAGGAAAUGGGUCAGGAUAUAAGCGGUGCUUGUGGUCAGUUGGUAGUUAAUCUGCCUGAUAAGAGCAAGGGAGCUGCCAAAUUGACUGACAUUGAAGAUCUCCGAUUUUGAGAGUUAUUGUGAUGGCCUUUUUCAUUUGUGUAAGCGUAGUAGCUGAAAUUGCUUUGGUUUAUCAAAACUCUCUGAAUCGCAGAAGCCCCUUAUUAGUAUAGAUAGUGCAGUGAUGCACACUUAUUUUUUCAGAAAGCCGGUGUCUGAACUGACAG